AUGGGUCCCACAGUUCAGUGGGCUCUGCAGGAGCCACUACUCCUGUAUCAAGAGAAAAGAUUAAGACUGUGUCUGACUGACAUUUGGGUUGGGGACAAUGAAAAAGAAAGUCGAGGAUUCCGGAAAAAUGGCAUAUCAAAUGGUGGUCUCUACAAAAGGCCCUUUAAUGAACACUUUGAACAAGCACCAAUGUAUGUUGCUGUUUUGACUUAUUUGAGCUUUGGCGUUGGAACAAUAUUUGGCUACCUGCGAGAUUUUAUGAGAGCCUGUGGACUAGAAAAAUGUAACCUUGCUGCAGAAAGAGAAGAACAAAAAGAUUUUGUGCCACUUUAUCAAGAUUUUGAGAACUUUUACACAAGAAACCUCUACAUGAGAAUACGAGAUAAUUGGAACCGUCCAAUCUGCAGCGUCCCAGGGCCACAGUUUGACCUGAUGGAACGUGUUACAGAUGAUUUCAACUGGACAUUUAGGUUUACUGGAAGAACUAUCAAGGAUGUAAUCAACAUGGGAUCUUAUAACUACCUCGGCUUUGCAGAAACAGAGGCUAAUGCUUUGAAAACUGUGGCAGAUGUAUUACAGAACUAUGGGACAGGAGUAUGCAGUACCAGGCAGGAAAUGGGUAACCUUGACAAACACAUAGAACUAGAGAACCUUGUGGCCCGGUUUCUUGAUGUGGAAGCGGCUAUGGUGUUUGGCAUGGGCUUUGCUACUAACUCUAUGAAUAUUCCAUCACUAGUUGGGAAGGGUUGUCUCAUUUUAAGUGAUGAGUUGAACCACACAUCUCUUGUUCUUGGUGCAAGACUUUCUGGUGCUACCAUUAGAAUCUUCAAACACAACAACAUGCAGAGCCUAGAGAAAUUACUGACGGAUGCAAUAGCAUACGGGCAGCCUCGAAGUCGCAGAGCAUGGAAAAAAAUUCUCAUCCUAGUAGAGGGCAUUUACAGCAUGGAAGGUUCCAUUGUGCGCCUGCCAGAGAUAGUCGCCUUGAAGAAGAGAUACAAAGCCUACCUCUACUUGGAUGAAGCUCACAGCAUUGGUGCUGUGGGACCCACCGGCCGGGGAGUCGUGGAAUAUUUUGGAAUGAACCCUGAAGAUGUUGAUGUUUUGAUGGGUACCUUCACCAAAAGCUUUGGAGCAGCUGGAGGAUACAUAGCUGGCAAGAAGGAACUUGUGGAUUUUUUACGAACUCACUCCCACAGUGCUAUUUACGCCACAUCUAUGUGUCCACCUGUAGCAGAGCAGAUCAUCCGGUCGAUGAAAUGUGUCAUGGGACUAGACGGAACAACACAAGGGCUUCAGAGAGUGCACCAGCUAGGAGAAAACACAAGAUACUUCCGGCGGAGACUGCACGAAAUGGGUUUCAUUGUUUAUGGAAAUGAUGAUUCCCCUGUUGUCCCCUUGCUCCUUUAUAUGCCUGGUAAAAUAGGGGCUUUUGCAAGGUGCAUGUUAACCAAAAAUAUUGGGGUGGUUGUGGUUGGAUUUCCAGCUACUCCUAUCGCAGAAUCAAGGGCUCGGUUUUGUGUGUCAGCUGCACAUACACGGGAGAUGUUAGACACGGUCCUGAAUGCCCUUGAUGAAUUGGGCGAUUUUCUGCAACUGAAAUAUUCACGGCAUUCCAGGUCAUCUCGUCCUGAACUAUACGAUGAAACAAGCUUUGAACUUGAAGAUUGAGUUUCCCACCCGUGAAGAGAACAUUAUGAUGUUACAAAAAAGAGAAAAAGCCUAAGAAAUAUGAAUGCAUUUCUUCCCUUCUAAGGGCAAUUUUUAUUUCUCAAUUAAUUGAACUGAGGGGAGGCACUGUUGUUGCAUUUUACUGUAUCAAAUUUCCAUGUGCAAGAGACUAUGGCUACAGAUCUACUCCCAUGGAAUUAUAUGCUUUUUAA